AUGUCAAAAGUGAAAACCGAACGUCAACAAGCAACCGCAACCCUACGCAAAAAGCAGAAAAAAUGGGAAAAGACGUGGCAACAGUGUACCGCGAGACGAAUAGAAUCUGAAAUAAUCCGUAAAGGUAUUCAAGUGCCAUCUCUUUUCUUGUCGCUUGAAGAGCUAUUAGCUCCUUGCAAAAAAACUCGCACAAAAUCCACGACACAACGCCCGCAAAACGAUUAUGUGAUAUACCGAAAAGAAGUGCAGGCGGAAACGUUGCAUUUUUUUCCCGAGACAAAAUUUACCGAUAUUUCUAAGAUUGCUUCUGAAAAAUGGGAAGCGGAAACUCAAGAACGACGAAAUUUUUUCACGUUUCUUGCGGCUAUCGGAAAUCUUAUACAUAGCGAUGUUUUCCCUGAUUACCAAUUUAAACCAAACUUAAAGAAAAAAACUCUUAAAUCAGAUACAAAAUUCGAUAGAGAACUACAGCCAUGGGAACAAGCUGCUUCAAUGCCUCAACCACUAUCUAAUCCAUGUAUGCCGACCUAUUCUUCGAUAAUUCCUUCGCCAAGAACAGCAUUUCGCCGUGUCGAACCCAAACAACGUAGUUCAUCGUCUGACUGUUUAUCAACUAUUCUGCCACGCUCAAGAAGUCGCCGAGUAUCAAUUGAGAUUGUUUGGCCGCGCAUUGAAAAGCCUCUUGUUUACAAUCCGCCUCAUGUUCAGCUAAGCCUUCCUGACGAUCCACUUAAAGCAUUUGCUGAGAUCGCCAUUGCAGAAGCUAUCAUGUUUAAUCCAAGUACAACCAAUCACUUUCAAAAUAAUGUCUCGUCAUCAAAUCAUAUUUUUAAUAAUAAAAUGUGA